GACGCAACCGCGGGUCCCCCAGCGGUCUUCAGUCCUGCUGUCCCGCGUGUGAGUAUCGGUAGUUCGAGCCUGCUUCGCUCGCAGUCACUAGCUCUUCCUUAUCGCGGGUUCGAGCACCGGAUCGGUCUGCUUUUGGGUUCGCGACCGUCACCUCAAUGUUGUUCGAUAAGGUGAAGGCGUUCGUGGUAGAGCUGGACGGGGCACACGCAGGCACGGAGCCCGUGUUCCACGGAGGCCAGGCCGUGGCGGGCCGAGUACUGUUGGAGCUUGCGGGCGCGGCACGCGUGGGCGCGCUCAGGCUGCGCGCUAGGGGCCGCGCGCGCGCGCACUGGACGGAGUCGCGCAGCGCGGGUUCCAGCACUGCUUAUACUCAGAGUUACAGCGAGCGCGUGGAAGUCGUGAACCACCGCGCCACGCUGCUCGCGCCAGACUCGGGGGACAUCGUCACGCUUCCCGCUGGACGCCACGAGUUCCCCUUCAGCUUCCAGCUGCCCAUCUCUCUGGUGACAUCCUUCGAGGGCAAACACGGCAGCGUUCGCUAUUCCAUCAAAGCUAUCCUGCACCGGCCAUGGGUCCCUGCGCGCCGCGCCCGGAAGGUGUUCACUGUCAUUGAACCUGUGGACAUAAACACACCUGCCCUGCUGGAGCCCCAGGCUGGAGCCCGAGAGAAGGUGGCCCGAUCCUGGUACUGCACCCGUGGCCUUGUGUCCCUUUCAGCCAAGAUUGACCGAAAAGGCUACACUCCAGGAGAGGUCAUCGCUAUCUUUGCUGAGAUUGACAAUGGUUCCACGCGAGCUGUGCAGCCCCGCGCUGCCCUAGUACAGACACAGACCUUCAUGGCCCGAGGUGCCCGCAAGCAGAAGCGUGCUGUGGUGGCCAGUGUAGACGGAGAGCCUGUGGGCGCCGGGCGCCGGGCGCUGUGGCCCGGUCGUGCGCUACGAAUCCCCCCAGUGGGCCCGUCCAUCUUGCACUGCCGUGUGCUCAGUGUGGACUACUCACUCAAGGUCUGUGUGGACAUCCCAGGCUCUUCCAAGCUGCUGUUGGAGCUGCCACUGGUCAUCGGCACCGUCCCCCUGCAUCCUCUGGGCAGCCGCUCCGCUAGCGUAGGCAGCCGCACCAGUUUCCUGCAAGACUGGGGCCUGUGUACCCUGAUGGAGCGGCCAGAGGCCCCGCCUGAGUACUCGGAGGCGGUGAGGGAGAGCCAGCUGGGAGCUCCGUCACAAGGCCUCUCCUCCCUCCUGCAUGACCCGGGUGUGACCAUGGAAGGGCCCUACUUUGCCUGUCUCCAGGAGUUCCGCUACCGCCCGCCUCCUCUGUACUCGGAGGAGGACCCUAACCCACCCUCAGAGGCUGUGAGGCCACGCUGCAUGACCUGCUGACCCAUGGUCGGCCCCUCGGUACCAGGUUCACAGUCUUUGGCCGCUGAAGUCCUGCCAUCUGCUUUGGGAACACAGGGUUAGAUGAGGUCGUGUGUCUUCCAACGUCGAACAGGAUUCAGGAGCAGCAUGGCUUCGUGGACAGUUCAUCUUCUCAAAGCUUCUGGCUCUGCCUUUGAUCACGAACGAGGCUAUCAAGCAGUGCAAGGCUCCCCUAGAGGAUUGUAGUCGGGAGAGAUGAUUCUAGGGGUGGACACUUCCAGUCUCAUGGAACCAGAACCAGAACCAGCCAGAAGUCCAGAGGGGAGGCAGAAGGCUUCCAAAGGGCAUUUUAGCUGAGGCUUUGAUGUGUAAGCAGGAGCUCAGCAAGCAGACAAGCACAGAGGAAAUGGUCAGAGCAGACAGCUCCCACCCUUUUUCUUCCUAGGGUCGGGAGCCCAGGUGUUUAGGUGUCUUAGAUCCGGCCUCACUGUGAGGUUAGCAGGACAGAGGGCCCAGAGCCAGACACAAAGGGGAGGUCAGUGGGACCUGAGCGUCCAGGGUUUCUCACUUUUGAGGACUGGUGGCCCAGGUGAGCCCAGAGCUACAAUUGUGAUCUGCCAUGUUCAAAACCUCAAGCCUCCUCAGGGAUCAGGAUCCUGACAGGGGCAUCGCAGGGAGAACAGGCAGCUGGGCAAUACCCCCCACCCCCCACCCCCCAUCCCAGACCAUUUCCACGGUCUGAAGAGUCGAUCACUUUUGUAUAUUAAAUACAUAAAUAAGU